UGCAGACCUGUCAGAUUCACAGUUCUGUGUGGAGUAAUGAAAUGAUCUGCAGGCUCCUCCUUCCCAUGAACUUUGGAAAGCUUUUUUUCUACUUUCUGUCAGCCAAACAGCCAGACUUUCCCUUCACCCUUCUCAUCUCAACCAAGAAAUAUGUUCAAUGCUUGGAUUGUGUUGUUUCUCCUCCUAUCAGGGGCGAAGGCUUUCCUGAUCCACAACACACAGCGCAGCCUGUGCCUGGAGGACACAGAGCCUGCAGGUGAUGUUCUGCUGAAGGAGUGCAACCUGGACUCAGAGUCUCAGAAAUGGGUCUGGGUAGACCAGAGCAUGUUGAUGAGUCUUGCAACAUCCAGAUGUUUGUCAGCCCAGCAGAGAGAAUCUAUCCAGACCAGGUCCUGUGAUGUAGACAUUGCAGGGCUCACGUGGGACUGUGACAGGGACAGACUGAUCAGCAGGAACACAUCAAUGAUGCUUUCCAUGAAAGGCCGGCGUCUGACUCUUUCUCAAGACAGCAAAAAUUCAAAAUGGAAAUCUCUUGAUGAGGGAGACAUCUGCCAGGAAAAACUCAGAUCCAGGAGGGCGUCUGAUGGAACAGACGAGUUUGAGGUCGGGGCAGACAAGGAGGGGGUCCUGACUGACGAAGAGAAAGAGUACCUCCGCUGGUACUAUCGCAUCGAGGACCCCACUAUAUGGAAGUUUGUGCUGUUGGGUCUGGCCUUCGUUUGCCUUCUUAUUGGUUUUCUCUUGUUGGGAAUGGGAGCCAUGGCUAGCAAGAACAGAAAAAAGAUUGCAAAGUACAAAGCAGCAGCCGCUCUGGCUUGCAAAAGCGAGGUCGAGGAGCUGCGGGUCAUUUCACAUCCCAGAGAGGACAGCCCCAGCACGCCCUCCCCAGAGAGAACCAAGGCUUCCCUGUCCAACGGGCAGACGAGCGAGUUGAAAGCAGGGGACAUCAUGGUUACAUGGAAAGACGGCAACACCUCCUGCUUGUACCCAGAUACUGGGGCCGAGGCAGAGCUGUCAGAGGAGGAGAAGGAGGCCGAAGCAGUGGAGGAGAAACAGGAGGAGGCCUCAACUGUUGUUGAGCUGGAGACUCAUGAAGAAGACGAAAUCAAGGAGUAAGGAGUUUAGUACAGAUUACAGAUUACUGCUUUAACAGGUCUGGACAAUCUCAAUGUGUGACAGCAACCUUUUACCACCAACUGUUCUGCAUGCACACCAGCUGGAAAUGCCAUGGACUACUCAUACUAAGAAGAACGACAUGAGUAUGGACAUGUAAUAUAUGUUUUGAUGGAUAAAUCUAUUUUGUUUUCAGUCAUUGCUGACAUUUAAAGCAGCAACAACCCAACAUAAAGAUAGUAUAGAAGAGUAUACUGAAGAUGCAGUGUCUCCCUACCUGUAAUUAAUAAAACACUGUAAUAAAUCCUGGUCUAAAUUGAUCAUAAGGGUCUUAAGAUGAAAAAUAAUCAAUUGUUUUAAUGUAGGCAAACAUGUCCAAACAGGGAAUAAAUAUUAAAGGGUGUAUACAUUAUGUGGCAAAUGUGCUUUGUAACAUGGGGAAGGGUAGUUUGUUGCUGUAUAUUCAUCUUUCUGAUAAUAAAGUAUUUCUAAAUGAUAAA